AUGGUUGUCGUCGUCAAUGGAGAGAUCUUGCCCGACAGUGACCCUAGAGCGGUCCGUGCGCGCCAAAAGCGUGGGCUCUCCUCGCCGUCCUCUUCAGCCGCUUCGUCCGCCGGCAGUCGCGCAGCGCCCGACGGAGGUUUGAGCCGUCGCUCGAUUUCCUCUUUCUUGUCCCGUGCUGCGCGAACGGGUCAGGCGAGUCUUUUUGGCCGGGAGAAUCGCCGAACUGUAACGGUUCCCCCUCUGUCUUUCAUUGGAAAACCCGCGGUGGAAGUUCCAGUGUACAUACUCGUCGUCGCCGCCGUGCUGAUCGCCCUCCUUGGCGUGCAGGGUGCCGUCUUUGUAGCGCUUGUCUACCUUUUCUACACUCCCUGGACGCAUGACACCAACCGCGCCCCGUCGCCUUCCUCCUGGCCUCGAGAGGCCGCAGGCUCAGGAGCGAGAACGUUGUCUUCCCCGUCUCGCGGCGGUUCGACCGGUGAGCGAUCGAGGCGGGUGCUCGGCGAGGAAGAGAGAGAAGCGCGCAUGCAGCGACUCUCGCAGCCGCAGAAAGAAGCUUCGGCAGACGACCGCGACAAGGAUACACAUUGA